AUUAAACAAUGGCAAAACACAACUCCAUUAUAGUUUUAUUCCUAAGGCCUUUAAAAGUCGCAACUACCAGUGCGCAUGGUCAUUUUAUUCCAAUUCCUUCGUCAGCUGAUAACCUCUACAAGGCCUUGAACCCACCGUCAUUGACUCCUAACUUCGCUCCUCAAACAACCCACUUGCUUUAUUCAUGCUAUGGACACUUUUCUAUCCAUCGUCGAGCAAUUUCAUCUAAUGACAAGUCUGGAGAAUGACAAUCAUCCAGAAGAUUAUGACGGGCUACCCGUCGACCAUGAAAGUUCCCAAUUCUUAGCGGGUGGAUUUUGUGUCAUCGUUUGAUGUCGAUUAUCGUCAUGGCGUUGCCUAUGCAACAAUUCAUUAAACACCCAAAGCUACUUCACAUUUCAUCUAUCGUUACCAAACCCCGGCUCAUAUGCUGUCCACUCUUUCGUCACCACUUUCGUUCUACUGUUGUAUACGUAGUCCAGUUCUGAUCCGUGUUGCACAAUACCUUACUGCUGACCGUUGUAUACUCUGUCCUCUUAACAAUUUACUAGUACGUACGUCUGCGCCAAUUCCAGCCUCUUUCAUGUUCUUUGAGCAACUUUGUGUGAAGCUGUAGCUGCAAUAGUACUAUAAAUCUUGUCUCGAGAAGCAAC